GAGAAGGAAAUAUCAUCGAAAGUACAUUUCAAAAUAUACAGGAAAAAAUGCGUUUUAUGAGCAAAUGAGCGAAUUGCAUAAAUAAGCAAAUUUAUGAACAAAUUUACAUAUGGCUUAAACACAUAUAAUACGUGCGCGUACAUUCAGGUAUCACAUCACUGUGAGGUAUACUCCUUAACCGAAUUAAGAAACAUAACCGCAAAGGAAGAAAACCAUUAGAAGAAAAUUAUGUCAAAUAAAAAAAGAACCAUUUUAAAAGUUAUCAUUCUUGGGGAUAGUGGUGUUGGAAAGACAUCAUUAAUGAAUCAAUAUGUAAAUAAAAAAUUUACGAAUCAGUACAAGGCGACAAUUGGAGCCGACUUUUUAACGAAAGAAACCAUAGUUGACAAUGAGCACCUAACAAUGCAAAUAUGGGACACGGCAGGCCAAGAGCGCUUUCAAAGCCUGGGGGUAGCUUUUUACAGAGGGGCCGAUUGCUGUGUGUUAGUUUUUGACUUAACGAAUUACAAAACGUAUGAAUCGCUGGAGUCGUGGAAGGACGAAUUUCUGAUUCAGGCCAGCCCCAAGGAUCCAGACAAUUUCCCCUUCGUCAUAAUUGGAAACAAAGUGGACGAGACGAAUAAGAGAAAGGUCCAAUCGCUUAAAGUCUUGCAGUGGUGCAAGUCGAACAACAACAUCCCCUAUUUUGAGACGAGCGCAAAGAACGCAAUCAAUGUGGAUCAGGCGUUUGACGAAAUUGCGAGAAAGGCCAUGAAGCAGGAACACCAGGAGGAGCAAAUAUAUCUGCCUGAGACAUUUGCCCUGAACAACCAGGGCGAUCAAAAAAUAUACAAAAGUCGCUGUUGCUAGGAGUUGCCAAGAAUGUGGGCAUGGACAACAUCAUUUUGUUUUUUGUUCAUUGGUUUAUAACCCCCAUAACAUUUUGUGCUUGAUGUACGUACAUUUAGAAAUGUAUGUAUAUAUGUAUGUACAAACAUGCGCUAGUAUGUGCACAGCUUUUCCAGGCGAAUAGCAUUUCCCCAUUUUCGCAUUUUUUGGGUGAAUCCUUCACGUACAUGUUCAAAGCAAAUGUAUGUUUUAACGAUAUGUGUUUAAGGGUGGACGUGCGCAUGGAAGGACCUGUUUGUUUAUACAUAAAAAUGUAUCCAUUAUGAUGGAAAGUUUGCA